UAGUAGAAUUUUCGAAACACUUUGUUUACUUUAGUUUAGGUUUUAAUUGUUGCAGAACGAAGUUGAAAUCGAAGUGAAAUUUGUUUUUUUCAAAAUGGAUCCAUGUCUGUCCAAGAAAAUAACGAAAAAUUGUGAUUUUAUCGAAAAUAAUCUCGUCCGCUUGUCUAAAGUUGUAGACAAAUUAAUGGAAGAUGAGAUCCUAACACUUGUGGACAAGACAAACAUUCUCUCAGCACCAUCAAAGAUGACUCAGAUUAACAUCUUACUGGAGAAGCUUAUCAAUGUCGGCGGCACAGCCUUCACCUCUUUUGUAGAAUCGUUGAAUGCCACCGGAAACGAACGUAUAGCAGAUCAGAUACUACAGACAGAUUCGUCGGAGGACACAGCCAUGUCAAGAGAGGAGACUUCGUUCAGUGAUAGCACGUCUGGUGACUUCCGGGAAGACGAAAUACUCCAUCUUUAUAAAGAAAAGCAGAUGUAUAAAGUGAAGCUGUCUGACAUGACAACUAACUACAAGCAGCUCCAGUCAGAACUGACCGUCAAGGAACAUAACAUAGAAUGUCUGAACAAAGAGAUACACAAACUACAGAUCGACCUUGAGGAGAACAGGAAGGGGUUGUUAGAGAACAGUUUCGACGCAUUGGAAGGCGACAUAUUCCGCAGGAUAAAUACCGGUGCAAAUACCAGGGAACUGAUGAGAAAGGUACGUGACCUACAGUUAGCGUUAGACGAAAAGGAGGAAAAGGUUAACAACUUGCAAAAGGAUUUAGAUUACUACAGAAGCCAGCUCGACAUUGUAGAAAAACAAGUUAAGAAACAGAAAGACGACAACAGUGAAAAGGAUACUAGAAUAAUGAUACUUAGAAACCAGGUAGGGAAACUCCAGAACUACCUACAAGCCAGUAAACAGAACCUAUCACGGAUCAAUAACGAACAAAAACGCAUAAUGGACCAGUGGAAUAAAGAACAGCUGGAACGCUUUAAAGAGAUGGAAAACAAGAUGGAGGGCGGGAAGAAAGACAACUCCAAGCGAUUUAAUACACUGGAAGACAAGAUAGAUAUCUUGAUAAAGAUGAUGUCAGCGCAAGGACCUGCAAUACCGAAUCUGGUUAAGAGUGUUGAAAAAAGCAAACCUUCCGUAAAAAGUCAUAAAGAUGCGUAUGGAAAAAAAGGAAAAUCUAAUCGAUAUAAGAACUAAAUCAAAUAUUGAAAAAUCUUUCAACCCUUAGGGAUUUGUAAAGAUGGUUUUCUUUUACUGAACUAUUUUAUAGUCGUCUUCUCUCCCUUUUUUUUACAGCUACAAAUUCGUGUUCUCAACAAUUGUAAGAAAUAUGACAAUUGUACAUGUAUGUUAUGUGUCGACAGUUUUCAUCAAAACAUUGCUAGUUUUGUUGAAUUUUUUAUUACACCUACGAUAGAAGGGGGCAUUAUGUUUUCCGGUCCGUUCGUCUGUUCGUCCGUUCGUCCAUCCGUCUGUCCCGCUUCAGGUUAAAGUUUUUGUCAAGGUAGUUUUUGAUCAAGUUGAAGUCCAAUCGACUUCAAACUUAGGACACAUGUUCCCUAUGAUAUGAUCUUUCUAAUUUUAAUGCCAAAUUAGAGUUUUAACCCCAAUGUCACGGUCCACUGAACAUGGGAAAUGAUAGUGCGAGUGGGGCAUUCGUGUACUGGGGACACAUUCUUGUUUAUUAGUCUUUAACUAAUAGUUAAAAUUAUGUCCUUUAUCAA